AUGUUGCAGAGCUUUACACAGAGUCCACAGAUGAGGAAUGCUGUCAAUCAGAUUGUUGAACAGGUUGACAGCCAAGAUAUUGGAAACAUGUUUGCAGGACUUGGAGGAGGCCAAGGUGGCGGGAUUGACAUGUCCAGGAUGUUCCAACAAAUGAUGCCCAUUGUAUCUCGAGCCCUUGGGGCUGGGGCCACUCUCGGCCAACCAAACCCUGUUUUGGAACCUGAAUCUCAUCCACCAUACAAUGAGAGAAGUCUCAGCAGAGAUGAUAAUGUCCCAAAUCCUGAGAUUAACCUGCAAGAAGUGGUUCAGAGGAUUGGGAACCUGAAUGCACCAGGAGAUGUUUUUCACGCUGUAGUUGAAAAUUCAGUUGAGCUGUCUGGCAGAGGAAGCAGUCCACAAGAACUUGUGGAUGAGUUGUGCAGGGACGAUGGUCUUUCUAGAGAAUACGUUGAGAUAUUACGAAGGGACAUUCGUAGACGUCUUGAGGGUUGUCGAGAAUCUGAUGUACAAAUUAGGAUUGGGGAUUUGAUUUGCUUUGGAUAUAUUACCAUCUGGUUCGUUGUCGUCUAA